AUGGCCAUCGCACCCGUUUCGCUGUAUCCGUGCCUCUUCUUCGAGUCCGAGGCCGAACAAGCCGCGCAGUUCUACACGUCCGUCUUCCCCAAUUCGUCCAUCGACACCAUCAACCACUUCAGCGACGCAGGUCAUGAGAUCCACAAGCAGCCCAUCGGCUCGGUCAUGAGUGUGCUUUUCACGCUCAACGGCACGAAGUGGCUGGCGCUCAACUCCCGGCCCAAGGACAUCCCCAUGAACGAGGCGGUCAGUUUCCAGAUCAUCUGCCAGGGUCAGGAGGAAGUGGACUACUUCUGGGCCAAGUUGACAGAGGCCGGUGAAGGAUGGGAGAUCGACGAGACGAAGCAGGUCUGCGGCUGGCUCAAGGACCGCUUCGGCGUGCAUUGGCAGGUCGUGCCCCAGGUGGUUGUGGACAAUAUGUCUUCGGCCGAGGGAGAGAGAAUGAAGAAGACCAUGCAGGCCGUCAUGAAGAUGAAGAAGAUUGUCGUCAAGGAUAUCGUCGAGGCUGUCCAGGGCAAGGCUUGA